CAACUGUAAGACCAGCGCUGACUUUUCACCUGAGUUAUUUGCUGCUGCCACCAUGAGCUGUGGCUCCAAGCAGCCCCUGAAGAGCUGCCUUCGGGGGAGCAGCAGUGGCGGGGGCAGCUCGCAGUCCUCCUCCAGGACAGUCACCUCCAGGAGCAGUGGUGGUGGCAGAUCUGGCAGCAGCUGUGGUGGAGGAAGCUCCCGCAGCAGCUGUGGUGGAGGAGGUGGUGGUUAUGGCAGGUGUGGGAGCUAUGGAGGAGGAAUGAGCAGCAGCAGCUGGGGAGGAAGGCUGGGUGGGGGAUGUUACGGAGGGGGAAUGGGCCACAGCAGCAUGGGAACGGGCUUCAGGUCAGGCGGGAGCGGCUUUGGGGGCUGUUAUGGAGGCGGUGCUGGUUUCAGCAGUGGCAGCUUUGGCAGUGGUGGCUUUCCUGGAGGGAAUGUGGGAAUUCUCUCCAACGAUGAGAAGCUGACCAUGCAGAGCCUUAAUGAACGCCUGGCUUCCUACAUGGACACAGUCAGGAAUUUGGAAAAGGAAAAUGCUCAUCUUGAGCAGUUAAUCAGGGAGUGGUACCAGAAGCAAGGCCCUAUUGGCCCGAAGGACUACAGCCACUAUUAUGGACAAAUUGAAGAACUUCAAAAACAGAUUGUGGCUGCAGCUGUGGACACCCACAAGGUACUUUUGGACCUGGAUAAUACAAGGAUGACUGCAGAAGACUUUAGAAUAAAGUACGAGAUGGAGAGCGGGCUCAGACAGAACGUGGAGGGCGACCUCAACAGCCUGAGGCCCUUGCUGGACAACCUGACCCUGACCAGGUCCGACCUGGAGAUGCAGUUUGAGUCUCUGAAGGAGGAGAUCAUCGACCUCAAGAAGAACCACGAGGAGGAAAUGAAACUGCUGCAUUCCCAGUCCAAUGGUGAUGUGAAUGUGGAGAUAAACAAUGCUCCAGGAGAGGAUCUGCUGAAAAAACUGAAUGAGAUGAGGCAAGAAUACGAAGCUAUUAUUCAGAAAAACCGUGCAGACGUUGAAAAGUGGUAUGAAAGCAAGAUGGAGGAAGUGAGUCAACAAGUCCACUCAAGUGGCCAGGAAAUAGAAUCAAGCAACCAGCAGAUCUCUGUGCUGAGACGUGAAUUUCAGAGCCUGGAAAUUGAGCUGCAGUCACAGAUCAGCAUGAUAGACUCUCUGCAAUCCAACCUGGAAGACACGGAACGUCGCUAUAACAUGCAGCUGCAGCAGAUCCAGGCCAUGAUCGGGCCCCUGGAGGAGGAGCUGGCCAGCAUCCGCUGUGAGAUGGAGAGCCAGAACGAGGAGUACAAGAUGCUGCUGGGCAUCAAGACCCGCCUGGAGCAGGAGAUCCAGCAGUACCGGGCACUGCUGCAGGAGGGGCAGCAGGACAUUAGCACUUCACAGGGAGGAGUUGGUGGUGGAUCCUCAGGAGGAGGAGGAGGAGGAGGUCAUGGAGGAAGCAGUGGAAGAGGAAGCUGUUGGUCCUCAGGUGGAGGAAAAAGUGGAGGAUCCCAUGGAGGAGGAUCCCAUGGAGGAGGAUCCCAUGGAAGAUCUUCCUCUUCUGAAAGUGGAGGAGGAGGAGGAGGUCAUGGAGGAAGUAGUGGAAGAGGAAGCUGUUGGUCCUCAGGUGGAGGAAGCAGUGGAGGAAAAACCGGAGGAUCCCAUGGAGGGGGAUCCUAUGGAAGAUCUUCCUCUUCUGAAAGUGGAGGAGGAGGGAGUGAAGGAAGAACAGGAGGUGGAACUUGUGAUAAAACUUCAGGUGGAGGAGGUGGCAGUGUUGGAGAAGGAGGGGGUAAAUCCUGCCUCUCCCGCUCUUCAUCUUCCCACUCCCAGGCUGGCGACUCUUGUGAAAGCCCAGGAAGUGCUGAAAACAUGAAGGUCUGCCUGGAAGGAAACAAAACAUUGGAGAGAGGAGCAACCAUGGAGGAAGUGUCUGAAGCCAUAAAACACUUGAGACAGGCUGCGAGUUUGAGGAAGGUUGAGGAGUGAUCAGCAAGACCAGCAUCUUCCACUGCGUGACCUCCCAGUGAGGCCUUUGGACCAAGCAAGACUCCACUGAGCAUGGCUGAACAUCCCCUCCACGAGCAGGAGAGAACACUUGUCCAAUUUAUUCAACACUGCUCCCUCCAGGGGCUCCUCAGAGCUCUCUGGAUGUCCUGUCUGCUUCUUCCAUCCGUGUUUCUGUUCCGAAUCACUGAUAUCUGAGUUAAUCUCUAUUAUGAUUGGUGUUCCUGUGGAAUAAACGCUAAUAAAUCUUUGCUUCUCUCUGCU